AUGUUAAUUUGCCUUAAAAUUCCAUCUUUCAGCCAAAUUUUCUUAUACUACCCCGAAAUCUUCAUCGCACUUUAUUCCAAUGCUCUUUCUCGCGUCAUUGGAGGUUUUGAAUCUGAGACUAUUAUCAAUUUAUGUACUUCCAGAAUUCAAAUAGUCGAGAUUGGUAAAAAAGCUUUCUUAAAUACAAAAGAGAAAGGAACCGAGGAAGAAACAAAUAAAAUUGAUGUUAAAAAGCUUCACAUAUAUUUAUUCUUUGGUUAUUUGUUGUUGCCUUGUAAACACUCAGGAACUUUUAAAUUUUCCGAGCAUAAAUUCCCUCUGUUCCGUCCAGAAAGAUGUAUUAUAGAACUUUGUUAUCUUAUGUUAAGAUUAUGUGGCUGUACAUUUAUUUGCUCAACCGCUUCCUUUUUGACCUAUAAUAUGUUAGUUUUUACUAAUAAUUCAUCACCUGAUAAAUUUUCCGUAUUCCUUAUGCUCGCUCUGGUUUUUCAGUUAGUAUCAAUCUUUGCUUCUGCAAGGCAUUUCUAUCUAUUUGUCUAUACGUGUAUUAGUUUCUUUUAUUUGAUUCAAAGUUUACCCACCGAUCACAAAUAUGAUUACGUACAAUUUGAAGUCAAUUUUAUUUUACCAAGUUUUUAUUCCAUUAUAAUAAUUAGUAUAUCAAUCCGUCUAUUUCUAUUUUUUCUCAUUUUUUUAACCGGUAAUCAAAUUAUUUAUCCUUCUCUCGCUUCCACUGUAUUCGAAGUGCUCCUUACACUAGCAUUAUUAAGACCUAUUUCCAAUGCUGAAUCACAAGCUAUCGACAAAUGGUAUGAUAAUCAUUCUACCCGUGUAAAAGUGUCCAUCUGCCGCAAAAAUCCUGCAAAAAAUCAUAUCGAAGUAAUACAGGUGCCCGAUCCGGAAAAAGAACCAACAUCUGAUUUAGAAAAUCAAGCAAUACUCCUGGGAAUGCAAUUAAACUUUGAAGAGGAUGACAACUUUGAAGAAGAGGAAUUAGACAUUUUCAAUUUUAUGAUAUAUUUAUUACUCGAGAUGAAGUUUUUUGCAC